GUAUUACUUGACUAACGUCGUAGAAACAACAUGUGGGAAGCAGUGGGAAGUGUAGUCUAAAAAGUUAGUCGUAGAUAUUAUAUCAAUUUCAAUAUUACAAAUGACAUAAAACACGCCGCACUAAAUGUCACAGAACUUAAAUAUCGUACCUAAUGUAUAUAUUAGUGAUUGUGCGUGACGUUUCAUUUAAUUGUAAUGUUUUCUUACUAUCUUCUUUAAUUGAUAAACGUGUACAUUAACCACGGACACUAGUUUUAUUUCAAACCAUUACGAUGGAUCUGCCGUAUAAUUAAAUUAAAUUAAUUAUACAUCUUAUUUGUAUAUAAAUACCUCAAGUAUAAUGGCGACACCCACUAAUGGUAACGGUAACCUAAUCGACGAGUUUGAAGAAGCUUUUCAGCAAUGUUUGAGUAUAUUAACAACAAAAGACGAAGGGUUAGGAAACAAUGGGAUCGGAGUAUCUGGUGGCUUGACUGUGGAUAAAGAAGAAGCUCGCAGCGAAGUUGAACAAGUUACCCUAAGAUUUAUAGAUCUUGCAAGGCAAAUGGAAGCUUUCUUUCUACAAAAAAGAUUUUUACUGUCCGCCUUGAAACCAGAACUAGUAGUAAAGGAAGAUAUCAACGAUCUCAGAGUAGAACUAGCACGUAAAGAAGAUCUUAUAAAGAGACACUAUGAUAAAAUCGCAGUAUGGCAGAAUCUGUUAGCAGACCUGCAAGGUUGGGCUAAAUCUCCAGCUCAAGGUCCGGCCCCUAAUGGUUUACCAAAUGGUACCCAAAGUGGACAAAACCAACAGACUGCAAAUGGAGCUGGAAGUGCAACGAUGCAGCAACAGCAGCAAAUAUUGCAACAUCAACAGCAGCUCCAGCAGCAACAACAGUUACAACAUCAAAUGCAACAUCAAAUGCAGCAACAACAACUUCAUCAGCAACAGGUACAACAAGGAACAGGUGCUCCUCCUACAACAGGUCUUCAAGGGGUUGGAGUGUCUGUGGGCCAACAAGGGAUGUUUAUGACUCAAGGAGGAGUAAGUGUGACAGGUGCAAGGGCAGGAUUCCCUGUUGGAGGCGUAGGAAGUAGUGCCCUUCAAGGACCACUAGCUUUUCUGGAGAAGACAACGAGCAAUAUAGGAAUGCCGGAAAGGCGGAGUUGACGCGGAAGGGGGAGGGGCCGGGGUCGGGGUCGAGGAAGAGGCAGAGGAAAAGGACGAAGUGCCGGAGGAAGUCUUCCUCCGCCACCGCCACUCCUCGAUACUUCGGACCCGUCGUCGUAUGCUGCUGCUGCCGCAGUUGCAGCUGCUGCGGCAGCGCCCCUUCCCUCUCCACAGCAGCAGCCUCCACCACCGUGUACAUGAACAUGUUUACACUAGGGCUGGGACUAAUUGUCGAGUUUUCCUGUAUUCAAAUAUUCCGACCUUUCGUUAAUUUCAAUAUUUAGAAUAUCAUUCAGAAACUUGAGUAUUCGAAUAUAAUGCUUCAGAGGCGUGCAAGACUAUGCGAUUGCUCAGAACACCAUGUAUCGAAGAGCAAGGUGUCCGCAAUUUUUGUUUAUUGUAAGGUUUACAACGCACCGUUACCUUUACUUAAAAUUAUUUAAUAUAAUAAACAAUAAGCAGAGAAAUUGCGAAGUGCAGCGCUCAAAUUAUUUUUACAGGACGACACAGUGACUAAGGCUAGUUGUUCGAAUAUUUAACGAUUUUCUAAACAUUUUGGUAAAAAGAAGUUAAUGUAUUUAUAUUCAAAUAGUCCUAGCCCUAAUUUAUAAACAGAGUUGGGCAUUAAUCGACAGAUUUUUGUAAUUAAUCGAUUAUGCGACGCGUUUGAAAAUUUUGUCGCCAGAGUUAAUCGCGAUGAACGUUAGCUGAUCAGUGAUUAUAUCAUUUACAACAAAUAACGAUUGAUGAUUAUAUUAACCGCUAGUCAGCCAUCAUCAGAUAACAAACAAUAUUUUAUUUAGAUAAAAAUCGAUUCGUAUAACAAAUAAAGUAAAUGAUUUACGAUCGAUUUAAUCGAUAGUAAUCAGUAUGAGAGGAUUAAAGAUGUUAGAUGUAAAUGAUUACGAUUAGUAAUUUGUCGUAUGAUCUUAUUUACACUUGAUACCGCUAAACCUUUCACGCUAAUUAUCGUGCAACAUAUUCGGUCAAAAUACUUAUCUUACUUAUUUAAUCAACGAUAAUAACGAGCGAUUACUGUAAUCGCCAAUCGUUAUUUUGAUUAAAGCUUGCCCAACACUGGUUUGACAGUAAUUUAAUUUGAUAAUGUAAGAUACUGUUCCUAUCCAUCGUUGUUGUGAGUUUAUAGUCGCCGUAAUCGAACCAAUUUAUAAAUGAAAUUUAGUGGCUUUAUAUUUUAUCAACAAUUUCUUAUCAUUGGAUGUUUGUACAUUAUUUUUUAAAUACUUCACGAAUCCACUUCAGUAAACAACUUAAAUUAAAUAUAGCAGAUUUUUAUUUCGCGCGUUCAAAUAUAUCGCAAAAUUAUAAUUUAUAAGUCAAAUUUCCAACGAUGAAAAAUUGCUCGUAAAUUAAUGAAACCACUAAAUUUCAUUUGUACACUGUUCCUAUGUCGGAAAUUAUUGUGAUCGCUGAUUUCUCUAAAGAAAACAAUGGAUUUCGUUUCCAUUACAAAGCAUCGAAAUGCUUGUCGAUUUAGUCCUAAGAAUGUGUUGCAAAUAACUUUUUGCGACACGUAUGAGAAACUACGUGUGAUACAGAUAUGCGUGUCGCAGACCAUUAGUUAUUCUGAAAAAAGCAGGGUAUCCAUUGAAAAGAUGUAGUUAAGUAGUGCCAGUUUUAUUAAAUCGUUUCAACAUAAAUGACGAACAUGUAAUAUUAUUUAGUAUACUUUGUAAAAAUAUUUUGUUCGCUUUGCGACUCGCGUGAAUCGCAAUCAUUCGUUCGAAUACUUCGCAUCAGUCUUUAUACUGUAACAAACUCGGAAGAAGACUAUGCAAAAUGUGAUGUACCCGUGAAAAAGAAUAAUCAGUUUGUCUUUUAAACUAUGUAAGGGGAGUGGCAGUAAGAACUGUACAUAACAAUGUGUGGUAAAAAAGUAACAUAAAUUUCACAUGUACAUAGAAUUAGAGGCACGUUUUUUUAUACAAUAAAUCAUGUAUUUUAUUAUAUUAAGUUCGAAUAAUUGUUAGCACUUUUACAAGUCGUAUGUAAUGUUUACACAAAUGUUGAUCAAAACUGUCGGAUGUAUUUCAGAUACGACACAAAUAAAGUGUAAAUUGCCAAAAUAACGAUAUACCUCCCGCGGAUAAAACCAUCUAUUAAGCCAUUUUUUGUACAAAAUUAGUAUAUAUUUUAUAUUCUUUCUUUUUGUGAUAUCGUCGUACAAGUUUAUUCCUGUUGUAUGCCUCUCUCCUUUAUUUUAUUUUUGUUGUAUAACAUGGUUAUUAAUAAUCAUUGACGUGCCCAUUGAUUACUAUUAACCGAAUUCAGCUUUUUACAUAAUAUGAACAAAAUCAACUGUACAAGAAAAUUAAGAAUUCAUUAUAUUUGUACUAAAUGCUGUCGUACUGUAAGGUAAUAUAAUUCUGUACAAAAAUGUAACGAUUACAAAUUUGAUAAGUUGUGUGAAUUUUAGUUCAAUUUUAUUUUACAUUCCCAUUGAUUUGAUUCGUUGUUUUCUUUCUUAUUUUUGUAUUCGAAUGUAAUGCAUUUACGGGUAUACGAAUAAAUGUCGGAAUGUAAAAAAGGAGGUGGUGGGUAGCGAUUAUAUAAAAUGCGUGUUUUUAUACAUAUGCAUAAAAAAAAAAAAACAGACAAA